GGUUGUUGAAGCUAGGGAAAAAAAAACAUAUAUUAUGGAGGUGGCCGACAGUGUAACAUGUAUAAUUCUACUUAUUCUUUUCUGUGGGUCAGCAGCUGGAAAUAGAAAAGCUUUGUAUUCAUUCAAAGCUCAAGAGAAUGCCAUUGCAAUGGCUCCAUCAUCUGAUAAUGGUAUUUGUAAAUCAAUGGUCGAAACACAUGGUUACGAUUGUGAAGAACAUACGGUAACUACACAAGAUGGUUACAUUCUGAGUAUGCAAAGAAUUCCUGUGGGUCGGUCAGGUGGGACACCAGGAAACAGGCCACCAGUCCUGUUACAGCACGGGAUCUUAAUGGAUGGAAUUACGUGGCUGUUAUUGCCGCCGGAACAGUCUUUGGCAUUUGUGUUGUCGGAUAAUGGCUAUGAUGUGUGGAUUGCUAAUUCCCGUGGAACAAAGUACAGCAAAGGGCAUAAAUCACUCAGUCCUAACGAUCCGGCUUACUGGGAUUGGUCGUGGGAUGAAUUGGUAGCUUAUGAUCUUCCUGCUACGUUCCAAUAUGUAUAUGAUCAAACAGGACAAAAGCUACACUAUGUAGGGCAUUCACAGGGAACUCUGGUUGCAUUGGCUGCCCUCUCGAAGGAUCAGUUAUUGAACAUGUUGAGAUCAGCUGCUUUACUUUGCCCAAUUGCUUAUAUGGGUCAGAUGACUUCUCCACUUGCAAAAAAUGCUGCUGACAACUUCAUUGCUGAGGCAGUCUACUGGUUAGGCCUCAGUGAAUUUGAUCCACGAGGGGAUGCAGUAGUUAACCUUCUCAAAGACAUCUGCAGCAAACCAGGCAUUGACUGCACUAACUUAUUGACAAGUUUUACAGGUCAGAACUGUUGCUUGAACUCUUCCAUAGUAAACAUAUUUCUAGAUCAUGAGCCCCAACCAUCAGCAACAAAGAACAUGGUCCAUCUGGCUCAGAUGAUUAGGCAAGGAACCAUAAAAAUGUAUGAUUACAUCGACGAGGUUGAAAAUAUGAAACAUUAUGGGCAAGCAACACCUCCAGCAUACAACAUGACCAGCAUUCCAAAUGACUUUCCUGUUUUCCUUAGCUAUGGAGGGGAGGAUGCUCUUUCUGAUGUAAAUGAUGUGAAGUUAUUAUUGGGAAGUCUCAAAGAUCAUGAUGGAGACAAGCUUGUAGUUCAGUAUAGAUAUGAUUAUGCUCAUGCAGAUUAUGUCAUGGCAGAAAAUGCUAAACAAGAUGUAUAUGAUCCUUUAAUUGCCUUCUUUAGGCUACAAUAGUGAAUAUAUAGAUAGAUUUAAAGGAAAAAAGAAUCAGUCUCCUGGCCUUUGUUUCUUUGUUUGUGUUAGUACAGAAAGGCUUCCAAUGCUUAGCACCACUUGAUGUGGAUAGGGAAUGUUUAUUUAAAUGGUAUAAUCCCUUGGCAAUCUUGUAUCCAAAACAUAACGUGUAUGAGUCUU